AGACUGACUUUCAUGUGCAGUACAGGACUGUAGUAAUACAUCUUGAUGAAAAGAAAGUCGCAAACCAACUGAAUGAGCCACCAUGCAAUUAUCAUUCUGCAGGCUUCACACUCACCAAUGGUGCUUCCUUCUCUUCAACAUCAUCCUCUUUCACGCCUUGCUGUUCGGAGCGGAUUUUGUGGAAGAAUACCUUCUCCAGCCCUAUCCGGGCACAUACAAUGAUGGCAAAGUGCUAGAGAUCCGAGAGAGAGCCAGGAAGCUGGACCUGAAUGUGGCAAAGGACAAUAUCUCAAAAUACUACACCAUCAGCAAUCCCAAUGUAUGUUCUGGCCGGGACAUCUUUCUGUUGUCUAUGAUCUUCAGCACACCAGAGAAUGGGACAAGAAGAGAGGAGAUCAGAAAGACUUGGGCUAACUUUACCGAGGUCAAAGGCUUUACAGUUCAUACGUUGUUUGUUCUGGGGUCUUCACAGUCUGGAACCAUUCAGGCUGAAGUCAUGGAGGAAUCCACAAGGCACAGUGAUAUCAUUCAAGGAAAGUUCAUUGAUUCUGCUAGCAACCUAACACUCACGAUGGUUCUCACUAUGCAGUGGACUGUGACUUUCUGUCCCUAUGCACGUUUUAUCCUCAAAACAGAUGAGACCAUGUUCGUGAACUAUGCAGCUGUAGUGGAAUAUUUAUUAAGCUUGAGGAGGCAUCCUGAAGAUCUCUACAUUGGUAGAGUGAUCCAUCAGGAAAUGCCUAACAGAGACCCACACAGCAGCGACUUUGUGCCAAUCAGCCAGUAUCCAGAUAAGUAUUUUCCUGACUACUGCACAGGCUCAGCUUUCGUUAUUUCCCAAGAUGUAGCCCGGAAGAUAUUUGUAGCUUCUGCUGAAGUAAAGGUCCCUGUGCCCACAGAUGUGUUCAUUGGAUUGUGUGCCAAGAAAGCAGGUGUCACCCCGACUCAUAGUUUCAGGUUUUCUGGGGAAAAGCACAUAAGAUACAAUAACUGCUGCUACAAGUUUAUCUUCACCUCUUCUGAAAUGACGACAGAGGAGCUAUUCCUUAUUUGGAAAGACCUUAAUGAUGGGAAGAGUUGCACUUUGUUAGAAACUUACUACGGCCUAGUGGCAUGUAAGGUUCUAACCUACCUUGACAAGUUUGCCUUCUUUAAUACAGGUUCAAUAAAGGAAACAAAUUAAUCAGGGGAUAUCUAUUUUU